AUGUCGCUUGCCGAUGAGUCAGACAAAUUCAAAUUUGACAAAAUAUAUAUGGUCUGCUCAGUUGUGGCGGCUGUUGCUAUUUAUUUUCUACUACAAACAACAGUAGGUGUAGGAUCAAAACGGAAAACACCAAUUAUUGCUGGUAUUGUUGCAGGCACGUUGUCACUUCUAUUCCCGUGUCUAGUUAUUCUCAAAUUCUUCUCCGCUUCUAAAGAUGGUUUGCUGCCCUUCAAGUCGAAGGACGAAGCAAGGGUUGAAUCAUUUCUACAAAAGAACGGGAAGCUACAUCCGAAAAGAUACACUUAUGCAGAUGUUAAAAGAAUGACGAAAUCCUUUGCUGUGAAGCUAGGCGAAGGUGCAUUUGGUGCUGUAUAUAGAGGCAACCUCCAUGAUGGCCGCCAGGUAGCGGUUAAGAUGCUAAAGGACACCAAAGGUGAUGCUGAGGAAUUUAUGAAUGAGGUGGCUAGUAUUAGCAGAACUUCUCAUGUCAAUGUUGUGACACUUUUAGGAUUUUGCUUGCAAGGAUCCAAAAGGGCACUUAUUUACGAGUACAUGCCUAAUGGUUCGCUCGAAAGGUACGUCUUCAAUAGCAACAUGAAUAGUGGAAAUUCACUAAGUUGGGAGAAAUUAUUUGACAUAGCAAUUGGCAUGGCCAGAGGACUUGAAUAUCUCCACCGGGGAUGCAAUACUCGAAUCGUGCAUUUUGACAUCAAACCACAUAACAUUAUAUUAGAUCAGGAUUUCUGUUCUAAGAUCUCUGACUUUGGAUUGGCCAAGCUAUGCCUGAAUAAAGAGACUGCUAUCUCCAUUGCUGGUGCAAGAGGGACAAUAGGUUAUAUUGCCCCAGAGGUUUACUCAAAGCAAUUCGGAAUAAUAAGUAGCAAGUCUGAUGUACAUAGUUAUGGAAUGAUGGUCCUUGAGAUGGUUGGGGCAAGGGACAGGAAUACAAGUGGAAAUAGUGAAUCUAGUAGUCAAUAUUUCCCUCGGUGGACUAUAUGA